AGCGCGGCAGGGAGCGGCGGGCUGGGGCCGGUGGCACCGUGCCGUGCUGCGCCGCACCGCACCGGGCCCGACGGGGCGGGCCGAGCCGAGCCGUACCGGCGCCAGCGCGGGGCAGCGGCGCGCAGGAUGCAGCGGCACCGCCGGGCUGCCUGAGGAUGUGUCACCCCAAGACCUGGCCAUCAUCUCAGGGGUGCCGGGAACCCACCUUGCCAUCCCCUUGUCAUCCUGCCAGGCUCCAGACCUGACGUCUCCGUGCCCUCCUCCGGCAGGAUGGCCCAGGUGGGAGGACCUGUCCGCUUCCACCCUGAGGAGGGCUGUGCCACCUCGCCCCCGCCGUUUGCCCGUGGGCUGGACCAGAGGUCCUGGCUGGCAGGGGGAAGCCCCAAGGCUGGGAGGGGCACCCCCCCACGCUGUCUCACCCCCAACCUCAAUGCUGGCCGCCUCUACCUCCUGCGCAAGGGCCUGGCCUCUGACUCCCACCGAUGCCCCCUUGGACUCUACAACAGCACCGGCUCCUUGGCCCGCAAGCCAGUGGAGGUGGCUGCCUUUGGCAAUGGGGGCUGCCCGGGCACGGGGCGCCUGACAGCCCCCUGCACCCCGCGGCGGGGCAGACCCAGCCCAGUGCUCUCCUCCUUGGGUAGCCGCAGCCCGCUGGUGGCGACGGCCCCGGAGGGACACAGCUCCAUCGUCACCUUCCGCUUCAUUGAGAAGGCCAGUGUGCGGACCUUGGGUGGCCCACAGCCCCCCCAGCCCUGCUGGGAGAAUGGCCCCCGCAGCCUCAGCCGCAGCCUGGAGUUUGCUGGGGACACGGGGUCUCCUCAGCCCCAACCCCUGCCCCAGGAGCGGCUCCUGCACACACUGAGGAUGGAGGCAUCUGCAUCUGACCCGCUUCUGGCCAGGGGCAGGACCCCGGGGGACACGCGUCCCUGUGGGAAGGAGCCCUGUGCCCUCAAUGCUGACGGCCUCUGCCGAUCCCUCGCCAACGGGCUGCCGGAGGACUUCCCCACCCUCGCCAGGAGCUCCCUGAAGCCAGAGCCCCGAGCCCAGGGCAGCGCCUGGCCUUACCACCGGCAGAGCUCAGCCCAUGCCCAGCGCAUUGCCCAGGCCAAGUGGGAAUUCUUCUACGGCUCCUCGGAUGCCCCGCAGACAGGCUCCUCUGUACCUGACUCUGCUCCCCUGGCUGAGCCCCCCCAGAAGCCCGUCCACUCGCUGCCUGCCGAGCCACCGGGGCUGGUGCCCAAGCACAGCCUGAGCCACGUGGAGGUGGAGAUAGAGAUGUCUCCUCCGGGCAGCCAGAAGCCCAUCUCCUGCGAGACUGGGAUUAUAAAGAGGACAGUGAAGUACUCGGAGACAGACCUGGACACAGUGCCACUGAGGUGCUAUCGUGAAACCAACAUCGACGAUAUCCUGGCAGAGAAGGAGGAGGUGGAUUCAGCGAUUGAGAGCCAGAAGGACAGCGAGAGCAACCCAAGCUUUGGGGGCACUCCGGGCAGGAGGAACAGCACACCGGAGGAGCCCCCCGCCCCGGGCACUGGCUGCCAGAAGGAUGGGCCACAGGAUGGGGACGUGGAUGAGGAUGAUGAGGUGUUUGAGGCUAUGAGGAAGGAGAACAGGGAAAGGAUCAUGGACCGGGACACACAGGAUAUGCUCAAGUCUCCAGUGCCCUUCCUCCUAGGGCACAGCCUCUCCAAGGAUGGCAUGGACUCUUUCAGCAAGCAUUUUGAGAGCAUCAUGGAGUCCCAUCGAGCCAAAGGCACAUCUUACACCAGCCUGGACUCCAUUGACAUUCUCUCCUCCCCAGCCUGCACCCACGGGACCUUUUUCACUUUUGACCUCCCAACCCUCACCCCAGAAAUACAGGGACAGAUCCGAGACAGCGCAAAGCUGAUUGAGGAGAACUUUGCUCCUCUGGCUCACUUGGAGCCAGACUCUGGGACCAGUUCGGCCACAGAUGCCCCCUGGACAGAGAGGGAGGAGGAGCGGGGGAGACGAAGGAAGGGUGCUCGGCACAGCCCUUGCCACUCAGAGGACAGCUUUGGUACCCCUUUGGCCUCCAACAUGAGUGACCACCCCCUGAGCCACCUGGUUUCGGACUCGGACUCGGAGAUGGACAGCGUGGAGCAGCUGGCCCUGGGCAGCACGGACACCCUCUCCAACGGGCACAAGGCUGACCUGGAGGCUGCCAAACGCCUGGCCAAGAGGCUCUACAACCUAGAUGGCUUUAAAAAAGCAGAUGUGGCCCGCCACUUGGGGAAGAACAAUGAGUUCAGCAGGAUGGUGGCAGGGGAAUAUCUGAAGUUCUUCGUGUUCACGGGGAUGAGCCUGGACCAGGCUCUCAGGUCCUUUCUAAAGGAGCUGGCCCUGAUGGGAGAGACGCAAGAGCGAGAGCGAGUGCUGGCUCAUUUUUCCCAGCGCUAUUAUGAGUGUAAUCCCAAUGCCAUCUCUUCGGAGGAUGGAGCCCACACCCUCACCUGUGCCCUGAUGCUGCUCAACACAGAUCUGCAUGGACACAACAUUGGAAAGAGAAUGUCCUGCUCCGACUUCAUUGGCAACUUGGAGGGACUCAAUGGAGGCACUGACUUCCCCAAGGAGCUGCUCAAGGCUCUGUAUGGCUCCAUCAAGAACGAGAAGCUGCAGUGGGCCAUAGAUGAAGAGGAACUGAGAAAGUCCCUCUCGGAGCUGGCAGACCCCAACCCGAAGUCCAUCAAGCGCAUCAGCAGCUGUAGUAACCCCUUUCUGGACUUCUCCCAAGACUCCAGCAUUGCAACCUACAAGCAUGGACUGUUAGUGCGCAAGAUCCACGCUGAUCCUGACUGCAAGAAAACACCCCGAGGGAAGCGCGGCUGGAAGCCCUUCCACGCCAUCCUGAAGGGGAUGAUUCUCUACCUGCAGAAGGAGGAGUAUAAGCCAGGGAAGGCACUGGUGGAAGAAGAGCUGAAGAAUGCUAUUAGCAUCCACCACUCGCUUGCCACGCGGGCAUCUGACUACAGCAAGCGACCCAAUGUCUUCUACCUCAGGACAGCUGACUGGAGGGUCUUCCUCUUCCAAGCACAGAACCCUGAACAGAUGCACUCAUGGAUCACGCGCAUCAACGUGGUGGCAGCCAUGUUCUCUGCACCCCCCUUCCCUGCAGCUAUCGGCUCCCAGAAGAAGUUCAGCCGCCCGCUGCUGCCUAGCUCCUGCACCAGGCUGUCCCAGGAGGAGCAGGUGAAGAGCCAUGAGACCAAGUUCAAGACAAUGUCAGCAGAGCUGCUGGAGCAUCGCUCCUCACUGCCAGAGAAGAAGGUGAAGGGCAAGGAGUACGAGGAGCUGAAGCAGAAGGAAGAGUACCUGGAGUUUGAGAAAUCCCGCUAUGGCACCUAUGCCAUGCUGCUGCGGGCCAAGCUGAAGGCCGGCUCCGAGGACCUGGCAGCAUUUGAGUCUACCCUCUUUGACGCAGCAGGCGGGGAGGAUGAUGGCCUGAAAAAAUCUCGCUCCAGCCCCUCACUCAAUGCAGAGCCCUCUGGCACAGCCACCAAGGUGAAGCGCAACAUCUCGGAGCGCACCAGCCGCCAGCCCCCUGGCCACCCCCAGAAGUCAUAGGCAAGGGGUAUUGGGCACCUGCGCUGCAGCUCCUGUCCCCCCGGCACCAAGGUAGAGGCCACAUGCCUGCCGAGACCCUGCAUGAAUCCGUCCAUCUGUGGCAUGAGCUGGGGGUUGACAGCCCUUCCCAGACCGCCAGCACCAGCCAUGCAGGGCCACGGCCCCUCUGCUGAGACAGUGGCAGAGCAGGACAGUCCCCAGUCCUGGCCUAUGGGAGCUGCCACACAGUCAGCCCCAUCAGACUUGUUCCUGUCCCUCCUUGUCCUGCACUUAGCUGCAGGACCCAGUACCCCAGCCUGGGGAGGGCGAACAACUGAAACCCACCCACUAGGCUCAAUUCUUCAGUGGUUUUAAAAAAAAACCAAAAAACAACAAAAAAACACCAAAAAACAAACAGGACAAAAAUGCAGCAAAACAAAGCCAGCGGCCACUUCUCCAGCUCCGUUGUGCCAGGGGGAGCAGAGGGGAGGGGGCCAGCCCUGGCCUGUCCCUGUUCCUGGGACUGGGAGCCAGGGGAGCCAGGGUGAUGGCACCUGGCCCCCCUCCCUGCCAGCCCAGCCACCUCUGCACCCUCCCUGCUUUCUUACAACUUUUGAACAGUUUUUGUGAUACAGUUUUGCACUUUUUAGUACCAGAUCAAGCUGACCACCAGGGAGGGUUGUUUUUUGGGGGGCCUACUUUUGAUGCUUUUGGGGAACUGUUUAAAAAAAACAAACCACAAAUCCAGCCAUGUCCUGUAGGCACUGCACUCUGGGGUAGGAGGUUUUUUACAUGGACUUAGGGGGAGACCCAGCCUCCCCGCCACCCCCUGCAGCAAGCUGAGCACGGGCUCCUGUGUGUGCUGCUGCCUCUUCCCCCACACCAGCUGGGCACCAGUAACCCUUCAGAGAGAGACAGCCCUGUGCCCACUGACACCAAGGACGCAACCUUGGGAUGGCAGCACCCAUUGCUGCACUUGUGGCUGUAUGAGGGGGCUGAUGCACCAAUGCUUCCUGACCCCCCCGGCAGCUUGGACCAGUCCUGUUUGCACCGCCUGGGUGUGAGCAUCGUACCUGGGGCAUGUUGGGCAGCAGUGGGUAAGUACUCCUGGGGGGAGGUGAACCCUGAAGCUGGGGGUCCUCACUGCCGUAUGGGCUGGAGCCAGCUUACCUUCCUGUGCUGCUUCUCAAAGGCAAGGCCACGGGGCCCUCGGAGGCUGCCAGCAAAGCCCGGCCUGCAGUGCUGCGAGGUUCUCAUGCUGCAGCAGCGGUGGUGCAGCCCCCUCCUCGGCUGUGGGCUCCCUCCGUGCCAAGGUGAGGGGCAGGCUGAGGCAGCCCUCACCACCCCGGGGUGGGCUGAAGGAUGCUUGUCAGGUGCGAGGUGGCACAGGAGUGCCCAGGGUGUGCAGGGAGGGGUCCAGGGACCGCGGAAGGGCAGCAGGCGGGGGGCUGGCAAACGUGCUGCUCUUGGCUGCCCAGGACCCAGCUGGUUUCAGCACUGACUUUGCGAAUGUGUCAAACUUUUUAUUCUGCUCUUUUGAGCCUAUUGCAAAAAAAAAAAAAAAAAGAAAAAAAAAAGAGAGAGAAAAAAAAAUUCCCCCCUUGCUCCAGGUGGCUCGGGGGAGAAAAACCUUUGUACAGCUUCUUCUCUCGGUCACUGAAGUAAAACUCGCUCUUCACUUCUUGUGUGCACCGUGGUUUCUCCCCCACGGCUGAGGACAGCCCCCACAUGGAGGGGUGCUGAG